AUCCUAAGAGCAAUUACCCCAGCUAAGUUAACUUCGUGGCUGUCCUUAGCUGCUGAUGUUUGCUGUGAUCUUGGUAAUCCGUCACAGGCAUAUGCCUUCAGUUCACCAGGAUGUAAUUUUGUAAAUUUUCUAAAUGAUUCACCAAAAGACCAGUUAUUAACAGCUUGCACCUACAGUACACAGGGGAAUGUUUACAGAAACCUUGGCCAGUACAGAAAAGCUAAAGAAUACCAUGAGAAGGCCCUUACCAUCAGAAACAAUAUUUACAAUGAACACCAUGGUGAAGUCGCAACAUGUCUUAACAACCUGGGAACUAUUCACCGGAUCCUUUGUGAGUACAUUCAAGCUAAAGAGUACUAUGAAAAGGCUCUCAAGAUGAGAAAAGAGAUUUUCGGGGAGAACCAUGGUGACGUAGCAGCAAGCUACAACAAUCUGGGAUGUGUUUGCGACCAGCUUGAUCAGUACAGCCAAGCUACAAAAUAUUAUGAGAAGGCUCUCGCCAUAAGAAAAGAGAUGUAUGGAGAAACGCAUGUUGACGUGGCAGCAAGCUACUUCAAUCUAGGUUUUGUUCACACAGACCUUGGCCAGUACAGUCAAGCUAAAGAUUACCAUGACAAGGCUCUAAGCAUCAGACAAGAGAUUUGCGGUAAGCUCCAUGCUGACGUAGCAGCAAGUUACAAUAGCCUGGGAAUAGUUUACAGUAACCUUUGCCAGUACCGUGAAGCUAAAGAGUACCACGAGAUGGCUUUAGUCAUUAGAAAAGAGAUUUAUGGUGAGCACCAUAGUGAUGUAGCAGAAAGCUACAACAACCUUGCAACUCUUAACAGUGACCUUGGCCAAACCUGGCAAGCUAAAAAAUACUAUGAGAAGGCCUUAACUUUAAACAAAAAGAUUUACGGUGAACACCAUGGUUACGUUGCCGCAGGCUACUCCAACCUUGGAAUUGUUUAAAGUGACCUUUGCCAGCACGGUGAGGCUAUAAAGUACUAUGAGAAGUCUCUGAUCAUUAAAGAAGAGAUUUACGGCGAAUAUCAUGGUGACGUGGCAGCAAACUACAACAGCCUGGGAAAUGCGAACCUUCGUCUUUGCCAGUACAGAGAAGCCAAAAUCUGCUUUGAGAGGGCUCUGCUCAUUACAAGAAAGAUUUACGGCGGGCGUAACGGGCCGCAUGUGGCAAUAAGCUACGAUAACCUGGGAAGUGUUUACAGAGACCUUUGCCAGUACCGUGAAGCUAAAGAGUACUACGAGAUGGCACUAAUCACUAGAAAAGAGAUUUACGGUGAACACCAUGAUGACGUAGCAGAAAGCUACAUCAACCUGGGAAAUGUUUACAAUAACCUUGGCCAAUACAGUGACGCUAAGGAGCUCUUUGAAAAGGCUCUAGAUAUCGUAGAAAUGAGUUUCGGUGAACACCAUGGUCUGAGCUUAGCAGCAUGCUACAAUAACCUGGGGAACGUUUACAAAAACUCUGGCCAGUACAGUCAAGCUAAAGAUUACUAUGAGAGGACUCUAGCCAUUGUUAGAAAGAUUGAUGGUGAAUACCAUGGUAACGUACAAGCAAGCUACAGAAACCUGGGAAAUAUUAGCGGUAAACUUGGCCAGUAUAGUCAAGCUAAAGAACACCAUGAGAAGGCCCUAACCAUCGGAAAAAAGAUUUAUGGUGAACAACAUGGUCAUGUAGCAAUAAGCUACACUAACCUGGGAAGUGCUUGCUCCUACCUUGGCCAGUACAGUCAAGCAAAAGAGUACUUUGAGAAAGCUUUAACAAUUAAUGAAAAGAUUAACGGUGAAUACCAUUGUGAGGUAGCAACAAGCUACAACAAUCUGGGAGACGUUUACACACACCUUGGCCAGUACAAUCGAGCUAAAGAAUACCACGAGAAGGCUCUAACCAUUAGACCAAAGAUCUACGGAGAACACCAUGAUCUCGUAGCACAAAGUCACAACGGCCUAGGGGUUGUUUGCAGCUCGCUCGGGGAGUACAUCCAAGCUAAAAAGCAUCUUGAAAAGGGUCUCGCCAUGCGAAAAGAGAAACACGGAGAACAGCAUGGUGACGUAGCAAAAAGCUACUUCAACCUUGGACGUUUUUACAGUGACAAAGCUCAGUACAUUCAAGCUAAAGAAUACUAUGAGAAGGCUCUAACCAUUGACAAAAAGAUUUACGGUGCCUACCAUAGUGACCUAAGAACAGAGUAUCACAAUCUGGGAAUUGUUUGUAGUAACCUUGGCCGGUACAGUCAAGCUAAAGAAUACAAUUAGAAGGCUUUAACCAUUGGAAAAGAGGUUUAUGGUGAAAACCACCGUUUCGUUGCAGCAAGUUACAACAAUCUGGGGAAAGCUUGCAGUGACCUUGGCCAGUACAAUCAAUCUAGAGAAUACCAUGAGAAGGCUCUGUCCAUUAACAAAGAGAUCUACGGCGAAUACCAUGGUGACGUGACACUUAGUUACAAUAACCUAGGGGUGGCUUAUAGCCACCUUAGGCAGUAUAGUAAAGCAAAGGAGAACCACGAGAAGGCUCUAACUAUUACAAAAGAGAUUUACGAUGAGAAGCACAAUAUUGUUGCCCGAAGUUAUUCAAAUCUCGGCUGUACUUACAGUGACCUAAACCAGUAUCAUCUAGCUAACGAAUGUUUCCACAAGGCUUUGAACAUAUAUAAAACAGUUUACGGCGAACAACAUGCUGAAGUGGAAAGAACGUAUCAGAACUUAAGAAUCGUUAAA